AUGCAAGUUUUAUUGAAAGCUCAGGUUUUGUUGUGGCUCUUGGUUGCCACCGCAUGGGGUAGAGACUUCCAAGGUGGUAACACUGUCGAUUGGGGCUCCCAAUAUGUCGGUAAUGGAGAUGUCCACAUUCAUUCGGGAGCCAUUUGGUCUAUCAUCAACAAUGCUGCGACAGAUUUCCAUGGAAACAUUCAGGUUGAUAAAAAUGCUGGUCUCUAUGCUUCAGUCGUCACACCAAGUAUCACCUUGUCAGCUACCUUGUACGAUUCAAUUUAUGGUUUUGUCAACAAUGGUGUUGUCUCCUUCAAUGCAAUCAAAGGUGCUUCCGGCUACAUCUUCAAGAUUAUGGGUAACAAGUUUGAAAACAACGGUGAUUUGUUUUUUGCUGCUUCCGGUCAAGGUUCUAUGGAAAGUUGGAUAAAGGCACCGGACUUCCACAACAAUGGGUUUAUGCACUUCUACCAAGUGAUGAAGAGUGAUAGUUACACUUAUUUGGGUUACGAUGGAAAAACAAUGGUCAAUAAUGGACAAAUUUGUUUCACCAAUCAAAAUUGGAAACAGCUUACCGGUAUGUUAGGAUCGGGUUGUGUUACUGCUCAAGGUAAAGCUUCAUUCUACUUUAUGAAUACCAAUUUACAAAUCUCCGAGGGUGAAAUCUUUUACUUGAAUGGUGGUGAGACAUCGAUCAUGGCAGUUGGAUCGAUUAACAAUCCACAAACCUUCCAUGUUAGAGGUUUUGGAACAUACAACGGUAUGGCCAACAAAAUUGGUUUGACUGCAACUUUAUCCUCUCCAGUUUCAGGAAGACUUCCAUGGGCAUACAACGCUAGAGAUGGUAUCUUAACUUUGUACGUUGGAUUGUACACUCAAAACUUUGAAAUUGGUACUGGAUACGACUACACCAAGUUCCAGAUUGUCAGUGACACUAGCAGAGGUUUACCAGGAAUUUACUUGGGUGCAGUGCAAUACAAUGGUCCUCCACCAAAUGCAGGCAUGCCAGCAGAAUGUAAACCAUGUAAAUCAAUCCCAGGUAUUCCAGGAGUUGAUCAACCAGAACCAACUUCAACAACUGAGACGACUUCGAGUACUUCCACCAAAAAAAGCUCAACCACACCAGUUCCUCCUCAAACUUCAGAUAAACCUGAUACAAAACCAACUGAUAAACCAACCAGUCAUCAUGGUCUUAUCAAGACAGUCACGGUUUAUGCAACAGCCACAGUUACUGCCACCUCAACCUUCACUACCACCGGUACUGUGAAAGCUUGA